AUGGACAGGGCAGGGAAGAUGCAUCUUAAGCAUGUUUUGCAACCUUUCUUUAGAGCAAAUGCAUGUGAAUUUGCUCUUCAUUGGAGAGGGGGAACAAUUGGCAAAAUAAAGACGCAGAGUUUAAUUCUUCAACCCAGUUUUGUUGAUAAGGUUGGUCCUAGGAAAAUGUCGGGAACCGAGGAAGUCAAUGCGCAAACAGAAGAUUUUAUGGAGGACUCUAGCAAGCCAAUGCCAUCAACUCAACAGGAAGAGGAAGCUGUUAAGAAGAAAUAUGGAGGAAUAAUGCCGAAGAAACCACCACUAAUUUCAAAGGAUCAUGAAAGAGCCUAUUUUGAUUCUGCUGAUUGGGCCCUGGGAAAACAAGGUAUAGAGAAACCGAAAGGACCACUUGAGGCUCUGCGGCCAAAGUUACAGCCGACGCAACAGCAAACACGAUACCGCAAAUCUCUGUGUGCUCCCGCAGAAGGUGAAGAUGGAAAUGCUGCCCCACCAGAGGAUGGGGCUGCAAAGGAAUGA